AUGGUCGUGCAAUCCCAGCACCGUGGUAAUGAAUACAUCCAAGCUGAACAACUCCGCAAUACGCCAUCUGAGAGACAAGAUGAAAAGGGGGACCUAUUGGCGUCCACAAUCCAUCAUCUAUCAAGCAUCAGCCGAGGACCGAGGCCCACUAUUGUCCGCAUCGGUCACGGAGCUGCCGGUGGGAGUGGGUCCUUCCAUGCGCCGGGUGUUCUUUCUCAUUCGGCGUUCCCUUUGCUCAAUUUUCCCUCCCUUUGA